CGAAGGAGGAAUUAGAAGCUAAAAAGAUAAAGAUAUAAUGGAGGCUGCUGUGGAUAAAUCUUAUCAUGGAGAUCAAGAACAGGAAGAGAAGAGAGUAGUACUGCUUGAAUCUAAAAUUCCUGCUGCUACUGCUCGUCAUGAUGAUGAUGAUGAUCGAGAAACUCAUAGCAAAGCAGAAAGUGUUCUCAAAGCCGGAACUCAAAAAGAAGGCCAAGAGAAUAACGAAAUGAAAUCAUCUUCAGCAAGACAAAAAGAUCUGAGCUUCGGAGAGCAGCUGAUAUCAACCACGAGUAACAUCAAAGGGUCCUCUUUGAUUGAACCUGAUCAUUCAGUGGCUUCUACUUCAUCAAGCCGAAAGGAGCAGGAUUAUCAGCUAGAAUCUGCCAGAGCCGAAAUGGGUGAGGUGAGAGAAGAGAACCAAAGGCUGAAGAAGCACUUAGACCGAAUAAUGGAGGACUACCAAGCACUUCAAAUGCAGUACCAUGGCAUUCAACAGAAAGCAACUAAAUCCGGUAAGGAUUGCAUUGCAACCGAUAAUCAUCAAGACGAUGAUGAGUCCGAGCAGCUUGUCUCCCUCAGCCUCGGAUCUUUUUCCAGCAAACGGAAAAAGGCCAAGGAAAAGAGCAAAAGCCCUUGUGCUCAAGUCGGGAAAGAAACGGAGAAGGAUGAUGAAAAGAGUUUGUCACUAGGACUAGACUGCAAAUAUGAAUCACCUGCUAAAUCAAGCAGUACUACAACUGACCAUCAGAUGCCUUUGUCAAACCCAAGUCCUGCAAGCAGCGUUGAAGAAGUACCUAAUGAAGAAGCAGGCGAGACAUGUCCACCGAAAAAGGUUCUCAAGACGAUGAGAAGUAUAGAAGAUGAAGUUGCACAGCAGAGUCCAGUAAAAAAAGCUAGGGUCUCGGUCAGAGCUAGAUGUGACACCCCAACGAUGAAUGAUGGAUGCCAGUGGAGGAAAUAUGGUCAGAAGAUUGCAAAGGGAAACCCUUGCCCUAGAGCAUACUAUCGUUGCACCAUCGCACCAUCAUGUCCAGUAAGGAAACAGGUUCAAAGAUGCGCGGACGACAUGUCCAUCUUAAUCACCACGUACGAAGGAACACACAAUCACCCACUUCCAAUGUCAGCCACCGCCAUGGCUUCCACCACCUCUGCUGCCGCUUCCAUGCUGUUGUCUGGCUCGUCAUCUAGCUCCUCCCGCCCUGGUCUGAACCCUUCGGCUGGGGCCACGACUGCGGCCGCUGCCCUUAAUGGAUACAAUUAUUAUGUUUCCGAUAAUUCAAGAUCCAGAUUCUACAUACCCAACUCUUCUAUGUCAUCUUCACUACCAACAAUCACCUUGGACCUCACAUCAAACCCAUCCUCCUCUUCCUCAUCCCACUUGAACAAAUUUGCUUCAUCAACUCUAAAUUCUGCCCACCAAGUACUAUACCCUCCCACCAGUCUCAACUUUAGUUCUUCUGAUCAAUCCAACAACAUCAUGUCAUGGACUAACAAUGGGUUCCUUUCCUAUGGAAAUGGGACUCAGUUACCCUACAACAACAAGAACCCUAUUCUCGGAAGGCAGCAGCAGCAACCUAUGCAAAACAGCAAGUACCAGAACUACAUGCAGAAGAACAAUGCAACUCCUCAACAGUUUGAGUUACCGGAAACUAUUGCAGCAGCAACAAAGGCAAUUACCGCCGAUCCAAGUUUCCAAUCUGCCCUAGCAGCCGCACUUACAUCAAUCAUCGGCAAUAGUAGUAAUGGUGGAAAUGGAAGUAGCAAUAAUAAUCAGAAUACAGGUGGAGAUCACUUUAAUAACAUCAUCGCUCAGAAAUUGAAAUGGGGUGAUCACUUCCCGGGAAUUACUAGUAGUAACGGUGCCACCUCUUCCUCGAAUUCCUAUCUGCAAACAGAAAUUAACGGGAACAAUAUUAUCGGAUGUGCAUCAAGCUAUUUGAGCAAACCGAAUUCUUCAUCGGCAAAUAUUUCGCAGCCCGGGAGUUUGAUGUUUCUCCAGCCACCUAAUUCAUUGCCAUUUGCCACCCACAAGAGUGCAUCUACAUCUCCUAGUGAAGAUCACAAGAAUUGAUACGUGCUACAUAUAAAUGUAUAGACGUUUUUUGUUUCUGAUUAUUUGUUAAUUAGUAACAUUAAUUGAAGGAGUUGCUUCAGGCAAAGUACGUUCCAUUCAUCAUCAAAUUGUGUAUUAAACUUACUUUUGUGUUCCAUUUCUUAAUUACUUUUUCGUUUUUACUAGAUGCGUACUAGUGUGGUGCAGCCUGUGUGAUAUUCAUUACCAGCUCACAUUAGCUUGUAUUUUGAACAGGGAU